AUGGGCAGCCCAGGAACGCGGGUGUACAGCCCCCCGGAGUGGAUCCGCUUCCACCGCUACCACGGCCACUCGGCCACCAUCUGGUCCCUGGGCGUCCUGCUCUACAACAUGGUCUGCGGGGACGUCCCCUUCGAGCAGGACGAGGACAUCAUCCGGGGGCAGCUCUUCUUCCGACGGCGGGUCUCUCUAGAGUGCCAACACCUCAUCAGGUGGUGUUUGUCCAUGCGCCCCUCGGACAGGCCGUCGUUGGAGGACAUUUUCAACCAUUCCUGGCUGCAGGACAUUCACCUGGAACCAGCAGAGAUCCACCUGCACAGUUUGAUCCAGGAGCCUAGCAAGUAACAGCUCCACGCAGCUCCUGGUCAUAAGAAGCAAAGAAAACCAGACUUUUUCAUCACGACUGUAGCACUGAGCAGGGAUGCUCAGGUGGGAACACGCACAUCUUGUCCUGGAGCUGGGCUGGAGACCUGGUUUUCCAAGCUCUGGUGGCCACCAUCCACACCAGCUGCCCUGGACUCGAUCUGAAUGACCUUGUCUCAUUUGAGCUUUUGCCAGUAACUUUUGGUGGGGGGAGUUUUAGUUCUGCUUUUGGAGGCUCUCAAGUGUCAUCUUGACCUGCUGAACUGGGGACAGCGAGAGGAUCGGAGACCUGAUUGCAAAAAAAGCUUCAAUGGGGGAAAACUGAUUUUGGGGAGGUCAGGGCCUGUGGCUGAGUGACUGUCCCUUCUCACUGUCCCCGUGCUCGAGUGCCUUCCGUUUCCAUCUGGGCUGUGCUGGAGGAAAGACUUGACUUUUCCUACAGUGCUGCUUUUCCGAGACUCACCUGGGCCUAUAGUACAUUUUCCCUUUUCAAAAAGAAAAUGGGUCAGAAGAUGCUUGGGACCCAAGUGAGUGAUGCCUCUCGCCUCCUGUGCCUCCAUCCCGUGUGGAUUUUCUGGGGUUCUUUGCUUCUCUGUGCCCUCACGAAUGCACAAACAAUGCAAACCAACAGCUGUAAAUGUGUACAUAGCUCUACAGGAGCAAAGCUUGAUGUACAGUUGUGAAUAGUGAUAACAUUUUGCCUUUUUUUCUGGUUUCCAGUUUUUGUUUUUUAAUUUAUUUUCAUGAAUUCGUUGUUUGUUUUUUUUUUUAAAGGAAGAGUCCUAGCCGCUAGGAUAACUUAUUUAUUUAUUUAUAAUUCAUGUGGGUUUCCAACCCAUGCCUUGCUUCUACAGCUGCUGAUCCCGCGGUUUUCCAUUCGGGUCUUCCCUCCGUGUGUGUCCUGUGUCCACCCCUGGGCCCGUCGUGUUUCUGUCGGAUGUCUGGCGUAGGUGUGGAGUGGCUGCUGCUCCCCAGCUGUCUGUGUACAUACUUCUGGGUGCUGUUGUUUCCUUGCCACGUGCAAAUAUCAGUUUGCAGAUGAGUUUUGGUUUUCUCCACGGGUGUUGUUUGGGGCUGGGGAAGGGGAGGGGAGCUGGCCCGGGCUGUCUGCACUGUCCAGUCUGUACCUGUAACACGUGUGUAGCCGGCGGAGUUUGUUAAUAGUUGAUAUUGUACAGGGGAAUUGAGAAAUCUUAUUUUUUUUAUGCGGUUUUAAAUAAAAACUAAAACACUUGA